AUGUCAACGGCCGGCUCAGCAUCAGCCGAUGCAGAUUCAAAAGAGGAGCACCAGAAAGCUGAAAUUCCUUCUUCUUCGCCACUGUCCUCACUUGCCGAGCUAGAUUCACCGCUGAAGCCUGUGCGGCCGCGACGCAAGGCUGCGACUAACAAACGCUACACAUCACCACCCAGAAGCGAAUCCAAAUCAAUACCCCAGCGGCAAAAGAAGAAACCUGCAGCUGCCAAAAGAAGUACAAAGAAGACCAAGUGGGAUGCGGAGAGUAUCCUAAAGGAUCCGAAGUCUCCCCUAGCCACCGCCAACCUGAGAAGCAUCUUAUGCAAUCCCCUGACAUGGACUGCCUUGGAUCAAGAUGAAAGGACAGAAAUCCUGUCGCUGUUUCCCGACAAGGGACACAUUCUUGAUGCAGGCACGAAAGACGCGCGGCCCAACUUUGCGUCGCUCAUGAACGACGACAGCUUUCGCUAUGACUGCGCCGCCUAUACAGACAAUAUUGCGCAAGGCCGCCAUGAUCCGGAGUGGCUUGCAUCCGCCUGGAGCGCUCACGAGAGGAGGAGAGCGGGUGACUUUGAUAAGUAUCUGAUUGACAAGCUGGAGGAAGACUGGGGGGUUGAGAUUCCCGAGGAGAUGAAGGUUCGUAGGACGACGCCUGUAACAGAAGCGGAUGACGGUGAGAAACAGGGCAAAGAUGACUCUAAGAAGGAAAAGGCAAAGAUAGAUGAUAGGAUGGAGAUUGAUGAGCUUGCACUCUAA